AUGAUAAUGAUACGCCGAUUGUGGCCCAUCUGCGCCGCUGCCACUAUCGUCUUCGUCUUCUUCUUUUACUUCAACCCCGCCCACGUCCCGCGGCCCGUCGCGAUCCCCCUCACGCGUCCCUUCGACGACGAAUUCACGAAACCAAAAGCGCAUCCCGACAGCCACUUCCAAUGGGCAUCCCGUCAGGAGAACUUCCCCGUGCCAUCCUUCCGACCCUUUCCGACCGGGUCUCCCACCCCAAUCCCGAAGAUCCAGUACGAGUUCCCCCCCGAGACGGCGGACGAGGCCAGAGACCGACUGGCCAAGCGCAAUGGCAUCAGGAAGAGCUUCGCGCGGGCCUGGGAGGGAUAUAAAAACCACGCAUGGCUGAAAGAUGAACUUCUGCCGCUCUCGGGAGGCUCGCUGAACCGCUUUGGUGGCUGGGCCGCGACGUUGAUCGAUUCGCUCGACACGUUAUGGAUCAUGGAUAUGAAGACGGAUUUCGCGCAGGCGGUUGCAACUUUAGCGGAGAUUGAUUUUACCAAGUCUGAAGAUGAAGAGUUGAAUGUUUUCGAGACGACCAUUCGGUAUCUCGGGGGCCUGCUGAGCGCGUAUGACUUGAGUGAGAAGCAGUAUCCGGUUCUGUUGGAGAAGGCGGUUGAGUUGGGGAAUCUGCUAUAUGCGGCGUUUGAUACGCCGGAUAGAAUGCCGAUUACAAGGUGGAAAUGGCAGAGGGCGAGAAAUGGGGAGGUGCAGGACAGCGGGAAUACUCUUGUUGCUGAGACAGGAUCUCUGUCCCUUGAAUUUACCAGAUUGUCCCAGAUUACAGGCGAUAUGAAAUUCUUCGACGCAAUCCAGCGUAUUACGGAUCGCCUCGAGCGGGCUCAGGGUCUAACGAAACUGCCUGGCAUGUGGCCUAUCGUUCUAGAUCCCAAGGAGGAAGAUUUUGGAGGCGACACUUCUUUCACUCUCGGGGCUAUGGCCGAUUCGGUUUAUGAAUAUCUGCCCAAGGAAUACAUGCUACUGAAUGGCUUGGCUCAGCAGUACAAACAGCUUUACGAAUAUUCUAUAGACACCGCAAAGGAAUACUUGUUCUUCCGUCCAAUGACCCAGGAGAACGCAGAUAUCCUCAUGUCCGGGAACAUUCAUGUGGACCCUGAGGUUCCAGAUCGCUUGAUGCUCGAUCCACAAGGGCAGCACCUCGCCUGCUUUGCUGGAGGCAUGGUGGGCUUGGGUUCCAGAGUCUUCAACCGACCUGAUGACCUUCCAAUUGCCCGAAAACUGACAGAAGGUUGUAUAUGGGCAUAUCGCGCCAUGCCGACUGGAAUCAUGCCCGAAAGGUUCUACGUUUUCCCGUGCGCCAACGCCACAGACUGUUUGUGGGAUGCGGAGCAAGCCAACAGUGUCCCCGGUUUCCCCGGAUUCACAGAUAUCCCCGACACGCGCUACGUCCUCCGACCCGAAGCAAUCGAAUCCGUCUUCAUUCUCUACCGCAUAACUGGGGACCCCGCACUGCGAGCUUCCGCCUGGGCCAUGUUUGAAGCCAUCGAAGGCCGCACGCGCACCCAGUACGGCAGCGCAGCCCUCGACGACGUGACCAAGAUCCCCAGUCCCAAGAGCGACAGCAUGGAGAGUUUCUGGACCGCCGAGACGCUCAAGUAUUUCUAUCUCAUCUUUAGUACCCCCGACGUUAUCAGCCUCGACGACUGGGUUCUCAAUACGGAAGCUCAUCCUUUCCGGCGCCCGGUACAGGGCUGA